UUGAGUGUGUUGGGCUUGCAAUGCACUGCUUCUUUGUACUUUGGUUUUUCUUGCUUCAGUGUAAGCCAAGCGCUGAAUGUGAGACUGGGAGUUAUGGGGUUGACUGCCGUGGACAAUGCAGUGAGGGCUGUGAUGGUGGCUGCAGCAGCGAAGACGGACAAUGUACCUGUAGGCCUGGCUGGCUAGGAGUCUACUGUACACUGACCUGUCCACCUGGGUUCUAUACGGAAGGAGAGGCAUGUACAGAGUGUGGAGACGGAUGUGACGGUGGAGAAUGUGACGCUGCUGACGGCCGCUGCAGCUGUGCACCUGGCUGGGCUGGACAUGGGUGCACGAUAGAAUGCAUGGACGGCUUCUACGGAAACGACCACGGUUGUGUGAAAUGUGGUGGUGGAUGCGAGGGGGACGUGUGUGACUCUGGAGACGGCAACUGUACCUGUAGAGCUGGCUGGACAGGAACUGGCUGCCACAAAUGCAAGGACGGCUUUUACAUGGACGGACAAAACUGUACCGGGUGUGCAGCUGGGUGUCAGGGAGGAAUCUGUAACGCUACUGACGGAAGCUGCGCAUGUAAAGCUGGCUGGACAGGAACCAACUGCACAUCAAUUUGUGAUGAGGGUAGGUAUGGACAAGACUGCACAGGGAUGUGUAGCACAGGAUGUAAACCAGGUUCCUGCCACCACGUCACCGGUGACUGUGACAACCAGUGUCACGAUGGAUGGACAGGUCCCACCUGUGAACACACUUGUGAUGAGGGUACCUAUGGACAGGAUUGUACUGAGAAGUGUAACCGAGGAUGUAAACCAGGGACCUGUCACCACAUCACCGGUAACUGCAACAACCAAUGUAAAGACGGAUGGAUAGGUCAGCGAUGUGAAGAGUUGUGCGGAGACGGGUUCUACGUGGACGGAGACAGUUGUGUGGACUGCGGGGCUGGAUGUGUUAGGGAGACAUGCAACGUGGCCAACGGUAGCUGUAGCUGUCGAGAUGGCUGGACAGGAAGUAACUGCAAUGAAUGCAAGGACGGCUUUUACAUGGACGGACAAAACUGUACGGGGUGUGCAGCUGGGUGUCAGGGAGGAAUCUGUAACGCUACUGAUGGAAGCUGCACAUGUAGGGUUGGCUGGACAGGAACCAACUGCACAUCAACUUGUAAUGACGGAACAUAUGGACAUGAGUGUACACAGACGUGUACCACGUGUUUACCAGAGUCUUGCCACCACGUCACAGGUGACUGUGACAACCAGUGCCAGGACGGAUGGAAUGGGCAGCGAUGUAAACAAAUCUGUGAUGCGGGAACAUUUGGACGAGACUGUGCACAGAAGUGUAACCCAGGAUGUAAACCGGGGACCUGCCACCACAUCACUGGUGACUGCAACUAUCAAUGUAAAGACGGAUGGACAGGUCGGAGAUGUGAACACAUUUGUAUUGACGGAACAUACGGACGAAACUGUUCAGGGUUGUGUAGUAGAGGAUGUACACCAGGGUCCUGCCACCACGUCACCGGUGACUGCAACAGCCAGUGUAAAGAUGGAUGGACAGGUCCCCGUUGUGAAGAGCACACCGAGCUCGUGGAACAUGAAGAGCAAGAUAUAGCCUCUCCAAAACUAUUCUUCUGGGUCUGGAUCAUAAUAAUCGUGGUUCUGACUUUCGGUUUUCUGGCUUGUCUGAACAGAAAAUCACUUGAGUCAUUGUGUGCAAGGUCAAGAAAGACGGAAGGGACCUCUAAUAACAAACCCCCUUCAGAACAAGGGUCACAGGGACCUCCUAGCGUCGAACAACAACCGGGAAACAGUCCUGAAUAAUGAUGAGAGCCACAGAUCAUUAGCAGAGCAUAAACCAUAAUCAGAGACCAGAGCAAUCUUCAGAGGCAAUCCUGCUGUCUUUCUGGCUGUGAACAGUUGGACUGUUUUCCAGUUGGUUUAGAAAUACCUUUAAAUUGGUGGACACUCAAAGCCCAAUAAAACUCAAUGCUUCUUCUCAAGCACAUGCCCUGCAGCUGCUUUGCCGCUACAGACGCCGCAGGAUGCCAUGGCGCCUAAAGCUUUGAUGUAGUUGUACCUUAACACUUCCCAAAUGAGAAUACACUAUCAUUUGGAAAGAAAAGCACCACAAAUAAUAACCAAGGCGAUAUUAUCAUGCCACAUAAUCUGCAUGUGUAUUGAACAUUUGCAGAGCCAAUCUUUUAUUAGUGGAGCAGAUAACUGAAAAUUUCAAGAGAAUCCUUCACUUCCGGAAACAAGCACCAAAAUUGGCACACAUACUUCUGUGGGAUUGCUGUUUUGAUAAAACCCGUUAGCCCACUUAAACUUCAAGAUGGCCACCAUUUUUCAAGACGGCCGCCAUUGAAUAUAAAGAAAUGUUGCAUUUCGCAAUAAAAUUGCUGAGACCUGUUCGAUUGAACUAUCUUGAUGUCAAAUCGUACAUUUUUGACUAUGUAGAAUCCGAAUUUUAACCUUGGACUCAUCCACCAGCUUUCUUGUACCAUAUAUCAGUCCCAAUAUCCUAAUAUUCUGCAAAAUAAGAGGUUCACGAUACGUCUGACUGCCAAAAUUCAUGGUUAUUUAUAUAGCAGUCGUGUUUGAGGUUUUGUAUGUGUAGCAAGUUUCUGUGCAAGGCUUCCAAACUGGACAUGACACGAAGGUUGGGGUGUGUGUGAUGUGUGGGUGGUUAGUGGGUGGUUAGUGGGGUGGGGAGCGGGACGUUGAGAGACCUGCAUGGAGUAGUAGUGUAGUAGCUCAACAGACCAGAUGUCAACGCACAACCAGGGCACACUGGUGGCACCGCUGCUGUGAAACUAAGAAUGGGAUUAAGUAUCAGCUGAAUUAUUUGUUUAGUAUAGCUAAAUAAUUAGUUUAGUGUUCUAAAUGCUAUCUUAGUAGCCCCGCAUCAGUUAGCUAGUGUAGAGUACAUGUACUUUAACACAGAUAUUUAGUAUUGACAGGGUGUGCCAGCGCGGUAGAGCCGAGACAAGGGUAACGGGACUGAACAUUGCUUUGCAUGUGGUUACCUGGAUGGUGUACAGAUCGCACGGGACUUAAAUGAUACUGGAUGAACGAUCGAGCUUGGUGUAGGUUAUAAAUUUAUAUCCCUGAAAAUAGUCGUAUCUCAUAACAUAUGGUGCGUGAUUGUGAUCAAGGUGGUGAAAGGAUAACCCCUCGGCCUUAAUUCACUAAAUACAGAUAAUUAUUAUUAUAAAUCUACAAGAACUUAUAUGAUUGAUAAAUGUGCUCCUGUUGACCAGUAUGGAAUGUUUAUUUGCACCUAGACGUGCAUGUCAUAACCAGCGUUGACGGGGUAUACAAGAACGUAGAAAAGGCAAAGGGGGCAAUCUUAGGUGCUAAUAAUCUUUGAAUGUUGGUCAUGCUUUAAGUAGGUUAACAGGCCAUAGUGUCUGAAAUAUUCAAAUGGUUAGUCCUCGGUGAUCCAAGCCUCGGACCAGUAACUAACCAUUUCAAUGUUUAGACGUUACCUUAUCAGUAACAUACCAGUGCUUAACAUCGAGGCGUUUGUUUUAGAUGCUUGCUGGUGUUGAGCGUUGGUAAGUCCUGUAGCAUCGACAAUAAUCAUGUCAAUAAUCAUAAGACUUCUUCCUUGUACAAGUACCAUCCGCAUGUUUUAUAUUCACAGUUCAAUGAUAAUACAGAGCGUGUUAGAGCGUUGUAUAUUUCUUGUGAACAACUGACUUGACUUUGCACGUGUUUGUAACAACACCGGCGGUGCAGGAAACACUCAUCACUUAGUGGCCACCUGAAAUAUCAAAUUUAUUUGACACAAUUACAUUCAUAAACACAUUUUUAUGAUAUAUGUUACAGUCAGUGUCCGUAAUAAAGCAACAUGUAUAUUGAUUUAUUCGCUGAAGUAAUAUGGUACUUUGAUCAUAGUAACUACUGUACGUAAGUAACAAUAUGUAUGUAAUGAAUUGAUUUGGUAUAUUAAACAUUCAUGAAGCUGU